AUGAAACGUGGGUGGCUCACGGGAAAGAAACGGAAAAAAACUAUAGUUAGUACAUCAUCAUCAUCAUCAUCAUCAUCAUCAUCAUCUUUAUUAAUGAUAUAAUAGGUUAGUUGCUUUUUUUAUUUUUUUAUUUUAAAGGACAUUUGGAUCGACCAAGGAACCAAACUAUGUGGCACAGUCUCGAAGACAGAUAAUAGAAAGACAGACCGUGACUGUGGCCAAAGGCAUGCUUAUCUUUGUGAAAAGCCCGUCCCAGGUGUGAUUUCAUUAUGGUGGCACACUUCCAUUUGAAGGCCACGAAGUAGCUUUAAUUUAAAACAAAUGAGGGAAGCAAGGUCUCCUUACCAAUAUUUUUACAUAAAAUUUCAUCUCGGCCUUUUACGCCGGUCAAAAACAGCACAAAACCAACGGUAUCUUAGACUCUGCUCGGAUAAAAAGAAGAAAAAACGUUUCUGUUGCCCAUGCUUCUUAUUAUGAAAAUUCCUUUUCAAACAAUCAGUAACUUUGGUAUCUGAGGAUACUUGCUAAAAUGGCCUAUAUGGGGAGGCUCCGCCAGAAAGAGGUGCCUUUUUCAGGCUUCAGGUAUAUUAAAGGGUAGAGGUUACUCUUGUUAAAGUACAUAAAAGGUUCGGGAAAUCUUUCAUUGCGGUCCCAAGUGCAUUUUAUGGCUGUGAAAAACACUAGGAAACUGUCUGGUUUAGCGACUUGUUAAUAGCUUAAAGGCGGUACAUUUACUGCCGUUUAAAACGAUGCAGCUUUCUUAAUUGGUAUGUAAAAGGGAUGCCAUUUGUCAAUUAAAGGUAUGCGUAAGAGGUCCUUUUUUUGUCAAAAAUUAGUAUUAGGGUAAAGGGUGCCCCUCGGGGCGGAGCCUUCCCUGAUAAAAUUUUGUUGAGUACUUUCCCCUCUCCUCCCCAGGCCUUGGUAAUGUGUUAAAGUCUUUAGUCCAGAAUUAAAAAACGUUGCUUUUUUUUUUAGGUAAAGUUUGUCAUAAUAAGUGCCCAAGGAACAUGUCAUCUGUUCCCACUGAAGUCAAUUGCUCAUUUCCAGAAAGUCUCUGUUUUAAGUACAGUAGUAAGAGCGCGAAAGAUGAAAAAUUCACCGAACAAGGGUGUAUAUCAGCUGAACUAUGCAGAAAACUUGACAACCAAAAAGGCUUGGAAUGUUGCCAUGGUGAUUUGUGUAAUACAGGUGAGGUGGGAAAAGCUCAAAAUCCAUGCUCUAAUUACAGUUUGGAUGCAGUGCUCAGCAUCUAAAACCCUAUUCAGUUUGACCUCGCGUUCGGUUGUUCUGGAACCGACUGGCAACAAUAAUGUUCAUAAUAAAGUUCAAAACGCACUCUGGUUGGUUGAUAAAGCGUGCUCGAUGAGAGCCUAAAACCAGGAGCUGUUACGUCCUGCCAAUAUAGUUUGUUUUACGUCUCGUGUUCGCCCUACACAUCUUUUGUGCUCUUUCCGUUUCCUGAGUGCUUUACAGCAGAGAAAAGCACAAUCAAAGCUUCUUUAUUUGUUAAGUACAGUGAUGGAAGAUUUUAAAUUCUUUUUGGCAAAUCAGCAGUGUAUCAAUCAAAUAAAAAAAUGUCUAGGAUUAGAGAAGUUAAGAGACUUGAUGAUGUGAUUUGACAUAUAGGUUACGUCAUCCCUCUGAUUAAUGGCCGAGUCAUUAUCUUGAUGACUUCCAUCAUGUUUAAAAAGGCAGGACUAAACUGAAUCAAAAUCAACAGAUAGCAAAAUGAUUGAAAUUUUUUAAAUUGACCACCAGGGAAAUAUUACACUGAAUUUCACUAUAUAGUUAUCAGUAUUUAUUUAUUUUAUCUGAUAUUUAUCAAUGAUCUGCGACAUAUAAAAAAGGUCUUAAAAUGAAAAUAAAAAGUCCCCAAAUGUUAUCCUUUCUUAAAGGGAAAUAGCAUAUAUUUAUCAGUAAAAGUGACUAGGGUUAGUGAGUUCGGCGCAAAUUUCUAGGUCUAAUUGUUCGAAAUUGUUGUUUUUCUCCGUUUCAGAAAUAUCCUGCUAUCGAUGUGAAAACAGUUCAUCUCUUGAUGAAUGCCAAAAUAACCAAGACGACGUAGAUUGCCCCAUACCUGUUCAUUACUGCGCAAAAAUUAAGUAUGAAUCGAGAACGGGAGAGGGCAAAAUACAAACGACUUAUCGCAAGGGAUGUGUUACCAAAGACCAGUGUAAUGCUAAUGCAACCAGUGGAAGCAUUGUAGAUUGCUGCGAAGACGACAAGUGUAAUACAAGUAAGAAGAAAUUAUUUAUUAUCCUACGAAAUAGCAUACUUUUCAAUCUCGUUCCCAGGGACUUCUCGUUUUCAAAAUGGCGGCGGCAUAUUAGAAAACGAGAAGAACCUUGA